AUGCAGACGAUCGGCAUUGUCGGGGGCAUCGCAUGGCCAAGCUCGUUGGUCUACUACAGGACUAUCAAAGAGCACUACAGAGAGCGCACCAACAGCAUUGAAAGUCGUGGUCCAUGUCUAGUCAUGGUACAGACAGACUUUGCGGUGAUUGAGAAAGCUCAAAGGGAAGGCGACUGGGAAAGAGUCGGAAGGAUCCUCACUGGGGAAGUCCCGACGCCCAAAGCAGAUGGGGCCACAGCCGCCGAAUACAUCAUGAAUAACGUGGAUCUUCCGAUGUUGCACAUUGUGGAUGCCAAUACGCAGGAGGUGGUGGAGUGCGGCCAGCAGUACGAACUCAAUGUUUUGGUAGCCCAGGGAGAACACGAGGAGAAUGUUGACAAUGCUUUGUAUGGGGAGUUGACCAGAAAUGUCUUUCGGGCGGCGAUCGCCGAUCUUGUCGACCAAGGAGCGGAACUGCGACAGUGA